AUGGCCAGUUCGGCGCUGGUGCAUGGUGACUUUGCGUUCGAGAGGUCCGGCUCUCCAAAUGCCAAGAAACAGGGUGCGAGGUCCGGAGGUGCUUUUCACUUUGCGUUUGGGACUAGAGAAUUGGAUCAUCAUCGAAACGAAACGCAGAACGAAACGCGAAACGGGCGCCGAAACGGAACAAUCGGGCGAAACGGCAGAACGUCGAAACGAAACGAAACGGCAAGACAGCGAAACGCCGAGAGAGCGGAAAUGGAGGUAACAGGUCUCCUAUCUACCGGCACCGCUUCUGACCCGUAUUUGGGUGGGAGUUCCUCUGCCAAUUUAGAUGAACGUACGGCUGCCAAAAGACGAGGUGCAGCAUGGGAUGGAUGGGAGGACAGAGCUUUGACUAAACAAGUUCUGGCGGACGAUCCGAUCUUGAGCAAAGCCUGUGGGAGGAGAGAAGAUUGA